AUGGCGGUUUCAAAUUCUCUAACAAUCUCUCCGAGAAAACUCCGGUCUGAUCUUUACGCAUACUCCUACCACAUCAAUUCCGAGACACCUUUGGUAAUCUCUGUUCUAUCUUCAUUGAUCAAACGAACUCUGACUCGGAACGAAAGAAUUAGCCGGAGAGCAUUACCGGCGUCGUCUUCCUCCGGCGGCGGUGGCAAAACUCAGAUCUUUGAUUGCCGUGAAAUCCCAGAUAUGACCAUCCAAACGUACCUAGAGAGGAUUUUCCGGUACACUAGAGCCGGUCCCUCAGUUUACGUGGUGGCUUAUGUCUACAUUGACCGGUUCUGUCAAACCAAUCCCGGUUUUAGAAUCAGUCUCAACAAUGUACAUCGCCUCCUAAUCACCACCAUCAUGGUUGCUUCUAAAUACGUCGAAGAUUUGAACUACAGGAAUUCAUAUUACGCAAAAGUAGGUGGAUUACAGACAGAAGAUUUAAACACAUUAGAGUUGGAGUUUCUGUUCUUGAUGGGAUUUAAGUUACAUGUGAAUGUGAGUGUGUUUGAGAGCUAUUGUUGUCAUCUUGAAAGAGAGGUGAGCUUUGGAGGAGGUUAUCAAAUCGAGAAGGCAUUACGUUGCGCCGAGGAAAUCAAAUCUAGACAAAUGAUCGUUCAAGAUCCUAAACAUCAUCAUCAUCAGUUUGCUCGAAUCUUGUUGUAG